AAGGAAGGAAGGAAGGAAGGAAGGAAGGAAGGAAGGAAGGAAGGAGAGAGGGAGAGAGAGAGAAAUCCUGGUUUAGAGAGUUACCCAGAACACUAAGAGUUAAAUGACUUGUCCAAGGUCAUAUAGUCAGUCUGUGUUUCAGGCAGAAUUAAACUUGAGUCCCAAGGAUGCUCCAGGCAUCUCUUAAUUUCCUUCAAGAAUGCUAUUUGAGAACCAAUAGGGAGGUGGGUAUGGAAUAUGUGGUAUAGGUGGCCUCACUCAGGUCACAGGGGAACCCCUCAUCCCAGUGGUAUUCUACUUUCACCAUUAUGAGUAUUGGUGGGGAGUCAGAGGGGAGCUUAGAGGUUAUCCAGUUGAAUCUAAGUUUUUCAGAGGAGGAUGCUAAAACUUAGAGAUGGGAAGGACCACAGGCUACUUAUAUGACUCUAGACAAGUCAGCCCUGUUAAGGCUGAACUUUCCUCAUCUGUUAAAUAAAGGGAUUAGACUUCUGAAUUCCCACUUUACAUGGCAUACCUGUAUGAACUCUCUCAUAAGCCAUUGAUGUUGCUAAAGAGCUUAAAACAACAACAACCUAACAACAUUUGACUUAUCAUGCUUAAAAACCUGGGAUUUGGAAUCCAAGGACCUAAAUUAAGAUGCUGUCUUUGAUACUUACUAUUGUGUGACCUCAGAUCACCUCUCCCUGGGCUCAGUUUCCUCAGCAGUAAAAAAAAAAAAUAUAGAGUAGGACUAGAUGGCUUCUGAGGUCUCUUCCAAUUCUGCUAUCUAUGGAAGAUCACUGGAUUUGGAUUCAGAAGACCUGAGAUUUGAAUUCCAGCUCUAUGAUAUAAUGUCAUAUGUUAUGAAUAACACAUGUGUAUAUGCCAUAAAAUGGGGUGUUGGACUAAAUGAUCUAGCUCGUCUAUUCACAUCUUAAAUCCUGGAUCCAACUGCUAGUCCCAAAUUGUUGUCCCAUAACUGAUUCUAGCUCAUUACUGCCUCAGUGAUAUAUACUCAGACUCUUGACUAAUCACAAGCACCAACCACUGUACCAUCCUCCUACCACAGCUCCUUAUUGAGAAGCACAUGGCCUCCCUUCAUGGAACUUCCCUAUAUCCAUUUCUUCUCCAUUCCUCAGGGUUGGGGAAGAGAACAUGGUCAGACAUUCAAUGAAGGUAACAGCCGUGGACAUUGUGGUCUCCAUGGCAACCAUUGAACACAACUCAGGAGUGCUGCUGCCUAGUAACCAGCGGGGCCUCUUGCCAUUAGCCCUGUGUGUUCAUCAGAGCCAGAGCAGAGACCCCAAGGAUUUCGAAGACUUUGUAGGUGUGAAGUUAUCAGAGAACUGAUUACACAGAGACUCGUGUGCAGAUGGGAGCCCUAAGCCUCAGGGAGACCAGAAAACGAGAGAGACAAGGAAAAAACUGAGUUGGAGGCAUCUGCCUUUUCUGCAUGAGACUGUCCUCAGAUUAACUUUCAAUAAUGGGGGAGAAGGUUCAUGAACCAAUGAAGGAUUUGGAACUGGAUCUACAUGAUGAAGAGAAAGGAGAGACAGGCCAUUUUCCAGGUAUGGCUCGUGGGUCCAGGCCUCCAUCAAACAAUCAAAGAUUGUCCCAGAAAGACAAUGGCCGUCAGUGCUGGAGAGGAUCCAAGACUGCUUUGGACCAAUCCCAACCCAAGAGCCACUCACCACUUCCCAUAGGACCUCUCCCAACAAGAGAUUUCAGCCUGAAAAGUACUAGCCGAAUGGGGACGACCCAAUCUGGGGAGCCAAGGUUGAGCUCAGGGUCAUCUGAAGGGAGGGAUAACUGCAGCCGAGGGGUAGUCACCCCCAGGAAAUGCGGGUCAAGAAGUUCCUCUCAGUCAAGUAGGAACUCUAGAGAGGAGCUGCAUUCUUCCAAGGGAGCAGAGGAUAUCAGGGUCGACAAAGCUGAAGGGGAUGACUGUGCUAGCACUGAUAACCAGAAUAUUUCUGACAAAAGUCUCAGCUGCAUCCCCAACAAUAUUCGGCACAAGUUUGGGAGCAGCACAGUGGAUCAGCUGGUGUCUGAGGAGCAGGCUCGAAGGGCUAUAUAUGAAGUGAUUGAGGGACAGAAGAGGGUGAGCAGUCGUGUAAGCAAGACUCGGAAUCCGAUGGAAUCCUCAGCGUUUGCAGAUUAUUAUGAACUGGGCUACAAUAUGAGAUCCAACAUAUUCCAAGCUUCCAGGGCCCGUGUGCCUGAGCUACCACUUCUCCAGCAGCGCCACACUGAAAAUCUUACUUUGGGGAAAAAACUGGGCUUUUGGUUACCGGGCCCCAACUACUUACCUGAAAUUCCUCUAAAUUAUGUAAGCCCCACAGAAUUUGGCAGGCAUCGAUGGCCUCUCUUGCCAUUCUAACUCUUGAAUUUCAUCUUUCUUCCUUGUCCUAAACUAUAAUAGAAUAUAAUAGAAUAUAAGGGCUUAUAAAUCACUGUGUCUGCUGUUUCUAAAUGUUCUAUCUUCCCCACUGUCAGCCACCCCGGGGUAUAGCUACUAAUGGAGCCUAUGUCUAGUGUCCCCAGAAUUUGAUAUUCCUAUUUUUCUCUUCACCCUCUAUUCUCCCUCUAGCCAACCACCCCUCACAAACACCUACCAAACUCCUUGAAGGCAGAGAUUGUUUAGUUGGGGUUUUUUUUUUGUUUGGGGUAUUUUCAGUAGCCAGAGCAGUAAGGUCUCCCUUGCCUAUAAUAGGUGCUUAAUCAAUUGAGUUGAAUGACCAUGGGCUGGGAGAACAGAUAACCAACCUUGUGUAGUAGUGUGUGUAAAAUUGGAGUAAGCAGGUUCAGGGGCCAGAAGGGUUUGAAAUAGUCUCUUAGAAAAGCUUAUGAGCUAAAAGGGAGAAGAAGAGUUAGACAGAGUUAGGAUGGGACUAGGACUAGGAUGGGUUAGAAAUAAGAAAUUAGGCUGAAGAGUAUGGUAAGACCUAGAAUUAGGGCUAACACUUGGGAUAGCUAAUCUCUACUUGGGUAUUCUUUUUGGGGAGAAGGGGAAUUUAGUACCUAUUUCAAAGGGUUGUAAGGAUCAAAUGAAUGCUAGUUAUUAUUAUUAUCAUUAUCACUGGUCCCUGUUAAUUGCUAAUUUCACCUUUGCUAUGAGGGUACCACUUUCACCUUCCACAAUCUCUAGUUAAAUGUUUGUUGCUACUACCCAAGAACAGGAAAGUUGCUCUAUCAAAAACUCAUGAGCCUGGUUGCCAACCUUGACCCCACUGCCUUUCCUGACCUCCCUCUUCCCUGGUUAGAUUGUAAGCUUCUUGAGGGCAGGAGUUGUUUUGUUUUUGACUUUGUAGCCCCAGAACCUAGCACACAGUAGGCACUUAAUAAAUACAUAUUGACCCGGUUGCUUGAUCUUGUGUCCUUAGUUCUAGCGCCAAUGGCUUGUACAAGAGUACAGUCAAAUGUACAGUAACUUGUACAUCUCUCACAGCCGGUUUCAUGUUCACAGUUCUUUUGUUUAUAGCAUCAAAUGGGCUCCUCAUCAUAGGGGCUUCCCUUGAAGGUUCUGAUCUGAGGGUUCUUCCUAACCUCCCCCUCAUUUCCCCCUCCCAUAGUCCCUACUUCUCAUGGAAAAUCACAAAAUCUCAGAGUUUGAAGGCAUAGCAGUGGGGCCAACAAGUCACCUGAAUAAGCUUCUCCUCUGGGACAUCUUAACAAAGGAUCACCCAACCUCUGCUAGAAGACCUCCAAGGAAGGGAAGCCCACCAUGCCCUAGGGCAGCCUGCUGUAAUUUGGGACACCACCAUUAUUUAAGAUUUCUUCCUAACAUGAAGCUGAAAUCUCUGUAUCCCUCCCCCUGUUGCUCUUGAUUCUUAUUUCUGGGGCCAAGCAGAAGAAAUCUCAUCAGUCUUUCACAUGAUAGCCAUUCAGAUGUUUGGAGACAAUUAUCCCUCUCUGCACCCCCCCCCCCCUUACAGUCUUUUUAUCUUCAGGUCAAACAUACCCAGUUUCUUUAAGAUUUGUAUCUCUAUAACACAGAUAUACUAGUCCCCUGUCUGUCCUGAGUUCUUUCUCCUGGCUAGACCCAGUGUCCUUCCUAAAAUAUGUCACAUAGACCUGAAUUUCACUACUCCAACCAUGGUUUUGAAUACAUUCCUCUUUUAAUUAACAAUAAUCAUACCUUGGAUAAACCUCAUUGGCUAUGCUACUGCCACUGCGCAAAACUACAUUCUUCUUUUAAAUAUAGUCAAAAAUCAUGAGAAGCUUUAGAUAAGCUUCCGAGUAACUCAGCUCAUCUUCCCCAAGAAUGAAGUUUGGAGACUCCAAUUACUCAGCAAAGAUUAUCCAUUUAAACCACUUUCAGAGCAGAACAGGGUUGAGAUGUUCAACGAUGGAUGGACCCAGUGCUCAGAUACAUCCUUGAAACUGUAGACCUUUAAAAUUCAAUUCACUUUCAGCAAGCAACCAAAGGACUGAGCCCAUCUGGCAUUCCAGGAUGCAACUUGGUUUUCUUGACAUCAAUGGGACUGAGCAGUAGAGCCUGUUUGCAAACCAAAUGGAGUCCCAAGGACAGAAGUCUGGCUGGGCAAUCAGAGGAUCUGCAUUCUUGGCCUGGUUUCCCUUAACACUUGCAUAUUGACCCAGACAAGUCACUUCUCUCUGACCCAUCUGUAUUGUGAACAAGCUACAAGGAUACCAUUUCUCAGGGCCUUUCAAAGUAACAUUCUAUGUGCUAAUAUUCUGUGUUCUAAAGCCCUUCCAGCCCUGGCAUUCCCUAUCCUAAGGCCCUUCACAGUUCUAACAGUCUCUAUUCUAGGGUCCCUCCCAAUUCUAACGUUCCAUAUUCUAAGCUCCCUUCAGAUUGGCAAUAAAAUACAUUUGUUAUGUAUUUAGAUGUGGCAUAUAAAUAUAUAACAUAUAACAUGAUAAUACAUAAAUGUGCAAUCCAUACAAAUAUAUAAUAUACAACAUAUGAAUGUGUAAUGAUCAAAAUAUAGUCCAUAUACAACUAUGUAACACAAUAUAUAAAGAUAUAGAAAAUAUAAUAGAACAUAUAAAUAAUAUAUAAAUCCACAUGUAAAUAUAUAAUGUGUAUAAUAUAUUAAAAUAUAAUGUGUACACUAUAUAAGUAUAUUUAAUAUAACAUAUUUGCAUAAUCAAAAGACAAGAAAGAGACAUGAAAGAUCUAGAUUCAAAUCGUACCCAUGAUGCCUGAUUGUGACCUUGAGAAAACAAUGGGUCCUCUCCCUUUGGUCUCAGUUUCCUCAUCUGUAAAAUAAAGAUGUUAGACCACAUGGUUUCUAAGGUCCAAUCCAGCCCUAAAUUUAUCCAGGGUCCAGAUAAUUCAAACUAUUUGCAACAAGGUCCUGGGCUGCUUGGACAUUCUAAAUUCCAAGAUCCUCUCCAGGUUGUAAAGUGGGAAGACAUGAUGAAGCCUAGAGAAGAUACAGUCUACUCUCUAUUCACUGUGCUUACUCACUGAUUCUAUUCAGAAGAGGUCAUGUCAAAGGGAAAAAUCCUGCACUGGCUUAGACCUGGAUUAUUCAAGUCCUGGCUGGGACUCAUAAGCUUUAUGAGAGUGAAUGUGUAUAAGGUAAGAAUAAUGUGAUAGGAGGAAGAAAGAGGACAGACUUCACCUCUGCUGCUUCCUAUGUGGCCGUAGACAAUUGCUUAAAAUUGCUUAAAUCCUUUCUUCAAUUUCCUCAUCUGUCUAAUGGGAGGAGGGGAGAGAUUGGACUACAUCUCUUCUGGCUCAAAAUAUCUACAAUUAAGACUCACCAGGACCCCUCCUCUCCCCUCCCUUCAAGCUCUGCUUCUUGUGAUCCAUCCUAUAACCUGGGUUCAAAUCUUACUAUCAAUACUUGGUAGGCUUGCCUUUGUUAAGUCUUAGUUUUCUCAUUUGUAAAAUGUUAGUCAUAAUCUCUGAUUUACCUAUCUAUCUCACAGGGUUAUUACCCAAAGAGGAGAAGCAUUUAAGUAAAUCGACAGGACCCUGUUGUGCCUUUUUUAGAUCCUGGAUCCCUUGGGCAGUCCAUCUGAUGAAGUCUGUGAACCUCUUCUCAGAAUCAUUUUUAAAUACACAAUAUAGGAGGAUUCAAAGGAAAGCAAUCAUAUUGAAACAUGGGUAUCAAAAAUAUGUUUAAAAAACAAGAUCUCAGACCUAGGAUGACAUCUCUUCCUGAAAGUUUUUGUAAGCUUUAGUGAUCCAUGUAAAUAUUUGCUAUUUUAUAUUUAAAUCUAUUAUAUGUAAUAGAUUUAAAUAUAAUAUAUUCUAUUUAAAAUAUAUUCUCUCAAAGUCAACAAAUGUUUGCUAAGACUCUCCUACCCAAAGGGCUCUUUAGUAGAGCCUGAGGAUACAAGAAUGAAAGACAUCACAAUCUUUGUCCUUGGAGAUGAAAAGGCAGAGGGAAGAAGGGGCUAUGUAUGGGUUUCUCAUCCCUACCUGAGCAGUGUACUCCCUUGCCAGGCCCAUGGACCACCACCUACCAGUGUCUCUUGGACAUCAUGCCUUUCUCCUAGAGUCAUCUUCUUUCUCAUGCAUACUUUUUCCUCUCACUUGCUACUGAUUGUGAACAAGUCCUUGCCUCUCUCUCCCAGCUUCAAUUUCCUCCUACAGAAAAUGGACAGAUUGGGCUUGACUGAUAUCCCAAAGGUUCUUUGCAGCCCUAAUAUUUCAACUUAAGUCAAAUCAAGAAGCAUUUAUUAAACAUUAUGUUAAGUGCUGAGGAUAUAAAGGAAAGACAGAAGAAACAAAAUAGAUUAGCUGACUACAUGUGGGGAUCGUCCUCAAGUGGGAUGCCCAGGAUUGACUUUGGAGCAGCCAUCAGACCUUCUCUCAUGGUAGACUUGGCCAUAGUUCCCACCCCUCUCCUCUUUUGCCCUCCUUUUCCACUGUGCCCAUGGGAACCCUCAAAUAAUAAUUUGAGGGUUAAUUGUUAAUAAACUGUUAAUAAACUCCAUUCCUUUUCCCCAUCUUAGACCUAUUCCUCUUGUUUCUUCCAUCUUCUGGAACAUGCCCACUGAGGUCUGGUUUGGCUCUGAAAACUUUAUAUCUCUUGGCACCCUCUCAAGGGGCUGUCUGUCCCUUCUCUCAAACCCUCUGGCAUCCAGUAAGAAGUGGAAGAGGAGGGGUGUUCCUCACUCCUCACUGUCACCCAUUGAUGAUACUGGCCUACUUGCUAUUCCUCAAAUGGCUGUUCCCAAUGCCUGGAAUGGUCACUCUUACCGGCCACCUUCUUUAA